GGGGAGUAAGACUGAGAGACGGGAAGGAAUUAUCGGAUCGGAAGGAAGGAAAAAUGACAAGCGCAUUAGUAUUCAUGGCUCUUGAAUGCUUCAAAUGCUCCACCAUGCAAGUGAAGCAGAGGAAGAAAAGCAGCAACAAAUGGAUCUGCGUUAUCUGCAACGAGAAGCAGUCCGUCCGGAAGGUCUAUUCCCAGGGAUCCAUGGCCAAACACGUCCGGGCCUUUGUUCAACAAUUUAACAUGUCUCGCGCUCAGUUUCUCCAUCAUCAUCAACGACAACCACAACCACAUGAUGAUCAACAGAUUCAGCCGAUUAGAAAACGGACCGACUGGAGCGAGUACCUCGAUGGGCCCCCUGCCGCCGAUACUUAUGAUCAAGGGGAUCCCUGUGAACCAAAUGUUGUGACAGAGUUGCCAAAAGCAUGGUUCAAGAAGCCUAAAUUGGCAGAUCGUUACUCUCCUCCUUCUGGAUUCGGUGGUCAAAACCUUCGAAAGCCUGUCUUUGGGAAGAGAGCUGGCAAGAAGAAAAUCAAUAUUUCAGACAAGGAGCCAACAACAGUUAUGAAGGAAAGUUUUAAAAGGGCUGGUGAAAAUCAACCAAACAUUGAUAAUGCUGACCACGGUUGUGUGUACCAAACAUCAAGUUCAGUCAUGUCAAAGUUACAGAGGCCAAAUUCAAAGUCUAAUGCUUGGAAAGAGGAUGAGACCAAAGUUGAUCAGAGUUUUGCAUAUACUGGAGCAAGUUCACUGAUGACGAAACUGAAGAAGCCAGUAUCAAAGUGGAAUGACUUCAUUGAUGAUGAUGAUGAUGACUUGCAGCUUGAAAGCAGAUGUCCAGAGAUCAAUAAUGAUGUGUUUAAGACAAAGGUAAGUGAUGAGAUUGUAGAGGAUGAUGUCCAUCCUGAUUUCCUGUGAAAAUUUUAUCGUCUUGAUUCAUGUUGCUAGAUCUUG